GCGGCUUAGUCGAUCCGUAGACUUCGUAACGGUUCGAUCGAAAGUUAGUUCAUCAAAAUUCCGUGCGAUGCGUGCUCUCCGGUUCUUUCUGGCUCUCGCCCUCCAACUCACGGCGUGUAGCAGCCAGUACAAAUAUGGGCCAGAGCAAUCUUGGGACCUAGACUCCAUCUCUGAGUUGAAGAGCAAGGAGUUCUGGUUCCACGAUGCCCAACGUACCCUCUACGAAAAGCUCUCCACGCCACCUAAUCAAUAUCGGGCCAAGAAUGUCAUCUUUUUCCUGGGCGACGGAAUGUCCGUGCCCACUGUAACCGCUGGAAGGAUCUUCGAUGGUCAGGUGCGUGGAGUGGUGGGCGAACGGAAUCGUCUGGAAUUCGAGAAGUUUAACUACGUGGGUCUCUCAAAGACCUAUUGCGUCAAUAAACAGGUGGCUGACUCCGCCUGCACGGCAUCGGCUUACCUGUCGGGGAUCAAGGCGAACUAUCUGACCAUCGGAGUGAGCGCCGAUGUGGAGUUGAACGACUGCAAGGCCUCCCGAUUGCCACAGAAUCGUCUCUCCUCCAUCGCCGCCUGGGCGCUGAAAGGUAGGAAAUCCGCUGGACUGGUGACCACCACCCGGGUGACCCACGCCAGUCCCGCGGGCGUCUAUGCCCACACCUCGAAUCGCGACUUCGAGAGCGACUACGAUGUCACCAAAUUGGGUCAGAAUCCGGGAAAUUGUCCCGAUAUUGCCCAGCAAUUGAUAGAUGGGGAGGUGGGCCAGCGAUUGCGGGUGGUGAUGGGUGGUGGAACUAUCAAAUUCCUGCCCAACACCACCACGGAUGUGUAUGGAAACAAGGGUCAGCGGUUGGAUGGCAGGAAUCUCAUCGAGGAGUGGCAACAGACCAAACCAGGUAAUGCCCGCGUGGUCUUUAAUCGCACGGAUCUGCUGGAAAACGAUAACCAGAACACGGACUUUCUGCUGGGUCUCUUUAAUGCCUCCCAUUUGGCCUAUCACCUGGACGAGAGUGUGGACACCCCUACCCUUCCCGAAAUGACGACGGCGGCCAUUAAUGUGCUCUCCCGGGAUCCCAAUGGUUACUUCCUGUUCGUGGAGGGCGGGCGCAUCGAUCACGCCCACCACGAAACGAAGGCCAAGAAGGCGCUCGACGAAACCGUCCAAUUCUCGGAGGCUGUGAGGAAGGCACGUCAACUGACGAAUCCCUGGGACACCUUGAUCGUUGUGAGUGCCGACCAUGGACACACGGUGACCAUCAGCGGCUAUCCGGAUGUGAACAACAGCAUUGUGGGUUUGAACUCGGAGCUGAGCAACGUGGACCAGUUGCCCUACACGGCCAUUUCCUACGCCAAUGGUCCGGCCUACGAGAGAUUCUACAAGUCCACGGACGGCGAGGUGGAGCGAGUUGAUCUCCGGACCCUCGACUUUUCGAAUCAGGAUGCCAUAUAUCCACAUGGUGUCCCCAUGGCCGAGGAAACCCAUGGGGGCGGCGAUGUGGCCGUCUAUGCUCAUGGUCCUUGGUCUCAUCUCUUCACUGGAGUUUACGAACAAAGCACUUUGCCGCAUUUAAUGGGCUUCGCCUCUUGUCUGGGACCUGGGAUUACAUAUUGCGAUCUGCAGCCCAAAGCUAGAUACAAUCCUUAGUUAAA